CACCGUUACAGCUAGCCACGUUAGCCACAUUAGCUUCCACUAGCCUCAUCUAACGGGACAGGGGACUCCGUGUUUCUGGAAGUUUCCCGUCGCCCAGAAUCACGUUUAUCGACAACACACAUGGCGACGGCGGUUUGAUUCUCCCCCCGCUGACCGUGUCGCCCUCCGGGGAAGAUGUCAACGUCGAUGCCAACACGGUUUAUCUCGCUAUGUAGCUAAUUGAGGUUUUCCAAGAGUUGGAUCCAUCGAGGUGUGACCGGGUCCCAGCCGAGGGGACGCCCCGACCGCAGUCACCUGGAGUCGGCCUGAGAUGUUCAGCCUCAUGGCGAACUGCUGCAAUUGGCUAAAACGCUGGCGAGAGCCGGCCAGGAAAGUGACUCUGGUGAUGGUGGGACUGGAUAAUGCAGGGAAGACUGCCACAGUGCGAGGGAUCCAAGGAGAAAAUCCUCAGGAUGUGGCUCCAACAGUGGGUUUUUCCAAGGUCGACCUGAAGCAGGGCAAGUUCGAGGUGACCAUCUUCGACCUGGGUGGCGGCAAGCGAAUCCGGGGCAUCUGGAAGAACUACUACUCGGAGUCGUACGGCGUGGUGUUCGUGGUCGACUCCAGCGACGUCCAGCGGAUCCAGGAGACGCGGGAGACCAUGGCCGAGGUCCUUCAGCACCCGCGCAUCGCUGGCAAACCUGUGCUAGUCCUCGCCAACAAACAGGACCGGGACGGAGCGCUGGCUGAAGCCGACAUCAUCGAGAACCUGUCGUUAGAGAAGCUUGUCAACGAGAACAAGUGUCUCUGUCAGAUCGAGCCGUGCUCUGCAGUCCUGGGUUACGGCAAUAAGAUGGACAAGUCCAUCAAGAAGGGCCUGAACUGGCUCCUCAGCAAUAUCGCCAAGGAUUAUGAGGCGAUCACAGAGCGCGUGCAGAAGGACACGGCCGAGCAGCGAGCACAGGAGGAGCAGGACAAGAAGGAGCGGGCGGAGAGGGUGCGGCGGAUACGAGAAGAAAGAGAACGAGAGGAGCAAGAAGAGGCAGAGCGAGAAGGCCGGCCAAUCAAAGAGGAGCUUGAUGAGGAAAACGUUCCCAGCCCCUUCCAGCCAAUUGACAACGUCAUCACUGAGAACGAGGAUAAAGAAAAGGAGAGGAGGCGGCAGAAGGAGCUGCAGGAGGGCAGGAGUAAAAGCCCGAAGGCGGAUGGUGAUCAAGGGGAGGAGGAGGGUGAGGAAGGCGAGGAGGAAGAGCCAGAGGAUUCAAGACAGGCGUCGGAAAGCGCAAGUUCAGCCACAGCAGGCGAGCAAAGCAAGAAGAAGAAGCUGUUCCUGAAGAGAAAGCACCGCGUGGACCCCCUGAGGGCGGAGGACGGGCCGCCGGAGAGCCUCGUCCCGCCGGCGCCACCAGUGGGAUGGGCCACACCCAAAGCUUCUAGGCUGCCAAAACUAGAGCCGCUGGGGGACUCGAAGCAUUCCGACUUUUUCAAGAAGCCUCUCCCGCCGGUCGCGAACAGGCCGCAGCCUAACGGUGACGCUCAUGACAUCGUUUGCUAGCCUCUGUUCGCUGAGGUUCCAAUCACUGCUCUCCCCUUUUUUCUUGCUUUCUGUCUCAAGCGAGCAGCGGCUAGUCGGCC